CCUCUCAUAUUCUCAAUUUGUUUUCUUCGAUCAUCUUUGCUGUACGUUUGUCUCUCUAAGCUUUCAACAAUGGCGGUUGAAUCCCAGGUCUCGCACCCUCUUGGCCCUCCGGCAUGCGAGAAUCACACAAAGGCACUUGAGUUCAUCGAGGAGAUGACAAGGAACAUAGACGCUGUGCAGGAGAGGGUUUUGGCGGAGAUACUGAGUCGGAACGCAGACACCGAGUACCUCAGGCGGUUCCGGCUCAAUGGGAAGACGGACCGCGAUACUUUCAAGUCGAAUGUCCCUGUGGUUACAUAUGAGGAUCUUCAGCCUGAGAUCCAACGUAUUGCUAAUGGUGACCGCUCUCCCAUCUUGUCCUCUCACCCCAUUUCCGAGUUCCUCACCAGCUCUGGGACUUCGGCUGGUGAGAGAAAAUUGAUGCCAACGAUUCAUGAAGAGUUGGACCGUCGCCAGAAAUUGUACAGCCUUCUUAUGCCGGUGAUGAACCUAUAUGUCUCGGGUUUAGACAAAGGGAAGGGACUCUACUUUUUGUUCGUGAAGGCGGAAACCAAGACUCCCAGUGGCCUCCUGGCACGUCCGGUACUCACCAGCUACUACAAGAGCGACCACUUCAAGACCAGGCCGUAUGACCCUUACAAUGUGUACACCAGCCCAAACGAGGCCAUUCUCUGCGUCGACUCGUUUCAAAGCAUGUAUACACAGAUGUUGUGCGGCCUCAUUAUGCGCGAAGAGGUCCUCCGAGUCGGUGCUGUUUUUGCCUCCGGCCUACUCAGAGCCAUCCGAUUCCUACAACUAAACUGGCAGCAAUUGGCCGAUGACAUCUCAACCGGAACUUUAAACCCUAAAAUCACAGACCCUUCUCUCCGGGAAAGCAUUUCCAAACUUGUCAAACCAAACCCAGAACUCUCCGAGUUCAUUACCAAGGAGUGUUCGGAAGAGAAUUGGGAAGGAAUAAUCACAAGAAUUUGGCCCAACACGAAAUACCUAGACGUGAUUGUAACGGGUGCGAUGACCCAGUACAUACCUACACUUGACUAUUACAGCAGCGGGCUACCACUUUCUUGCACUAUGUAUGCAUCUUCCGAGUGCUACUUUGGGCUUAAUCUCAAACCAAUGUCCACGCCUUCUGAAGUUUCCUACACCAUCAUGCCAAACAUGGCUUACUUCGAGUUCUUGCCACAUGAGCCGAACGCUCCAGCUCUAUCUCGCGACUCACCUCCGCGGCUUGUGGACCUUGCCGACGUGGAAGUUGGGAAGGAAUACGAGCUCAUCAUCACCACCUAUGCCGGAUUUAACCGCUACCGAGUGGGUGACAUACUCCAAGUCACCGGCUUCUACAACUCGGCUCCGCAAUUUCAGUUCCUAAGAAGAAAGAACGUGUUGUUGAGCAUCGACUCGGACAAGACGGACGAGGCUGAGUUGCAGAAGGCCAUAGAAAAUGCAACAGCGCUCAUAAAGGAAUUCAACACGAGCGUGGUGGAGUACACGAGCUACGCAGACACGAAAUCAAUCCCAGGACACUACGUAAUUUACUGGGAGUUGCUUGUAAAGGAUCCGGCCAACUCACCCACAGAUGAGGUCCUGAACCAAUGCUGCUUAGCCAUGGAGGAGUCGCUGAACACUGUGUACAGACAAGGCCGAGUCGCGGACAACUCCAUUGGACCGCUUGAGAUCAGGGUGGUUAAGAACGGUACGUUUGAGGAGCUCAUGGACUACGCAAUCUCUCGGGGAGCGUCGAUCAACCAGUACAAAGUACCCAGGUGCGUGAAUUUCACCCCCAUCAUGGAGCUCCUCGACUCCAGGGUGAUCUCGGUGCAUUUUAGCCCUGCUGCGCCGCAUUGGACCCCUGAACGACGUCACUGACCACAUGACGGCAUGGAAUAAGAACGGGGGCCAGAAAAAUCUGUUUGGAUACCAGCCAAAAAACCGUGCCUUGUUGAAUUUAUUUGAGCUUUUAAAAGUGUCUUUUGUUUCAGUUGUCCUUUUCAAACUGUUUGGGUGUGGGUGUGUGUCUGUAUUAAGUUCUGAUAAUCUUCUUCUGUGCGCAUGAUGUAAUUGUUGUCACGGACGUGUUUGCUAGUCAAUGUAUGAUGUAUUGUAUCCUUUUCCGCCUGUCUUUAUUUCUUUCAUCUUUCUUAAAAUUUAGGGAAAAGAUAUGUUAUUGUGUA